AUGGGCAUCGGACCAGACCUGCCACCUCAUCUCCAAAAAAGUCGCGCACACUACAGCGACAACAGUGACGACGACGACCAGGACAGCAUAGGACCAAGCAUCGGUCCCAGCAUAGGACCAAGCAUCGGUCCCAGCAUAGGACCCAGUCGACCACCAGCACACGAUGAUGAACCAGUAACCGCAGACGACUUUGCACCCGCCCUGCCUCCAGAACUCUUGGCCGCCAGGAAGGCUGCUAAUGGACCUGCUCCAGAAGCACCAAAACGUGUUCUGGGACCAUCCUUACCACCCUCGGCCUCAGCCUCCUCUCGACACUAUGACAACGAAAGCAGCGACGACGAUAUUGUAGGACCUGUACUGCCCUCAGAAGCUGAUCGUGCAUCCAUGUCGAAACAGAGUACUAUUCGGGCUUUCGAGGAGCGCGCUGAGCGUAUGCGGAGAAAACUUGAUGGUAAGGAUGAGGAAGUCAGUGUGAUCAAGGAUAAAAAGCCGACAAGAGAAGACUGGAUGAUGGUCCCUCCAGAGUCAAGGAUCCUUGGUGAUGACCCGUUGAAGAUUACGGCAAGGACGUUCCAGAAGCGUGAACAAGCACCUCAGGAUUCAUCAUUGUGGACUGAGACCCCUGCAGAUCGCGAGAAGCGUUUGAGAGGCGAGCCCAGGGAUAGGGAUGAAGACUCGGAUCGUCGCAAGAGAUCGAAGCACCGUGGAGAUGACGACGAGCGACAGGAAUAUCUUCGCUCCCGCCAAGAUGCCGAGCGCGAGGAGCAGAUCCGCAAGUACAACGCCGAGAAGAGAGGGACGUCGCUUAUGGAUGCGCAUGCGAACCAGUACAUCAAAUCCAAGGCCUGGGAAAAAGACGACAAGGAACAUGACAACCCCUCUGCACGAGCCUUUGACCGUGAAAGGGAUGUCCUCGGUGGUCGUCGUGUUGAUCAUCGCCAGAGAGAUGAAUUGGUCAAGCAGGCCAUGGGCCUUGGAUCAAAGUUCUCCAGUGGCAAGAGCAGCAAGUUCCUGUAA